AUGUCGGAUACCAAGGUAAAAGUUGCAGUCCGGGUCCGGCCCAUGAACCGACGAGAACUGGAACUGAACACCAAGUGCGUGGUAGAAAUGGAAGGGAAUCAAACGGUCCUGCACCCGCCUCCUUCCAACACCAAACAGGGAGAAAGGAAACCUCCCAAGGUAUUUGCCUUUGAUUAUUGCUUUUGGUCCAUGGAUGAAUCUAACACCACAAAAUAUGCUGGGCAAGAAGUGGUUUUCAAGUGCCUUGGGGAAGGAAUUCUUGAAAAGGCAUUUCAGGGGUAUAAUGCUUGUAUCUUUGCAUAUGGACAAACAGGUUCAGGAAAAUCCUUCUCCAUGAUGGGCAAUGCCGAGCAGCUGGGCCUUAUUCCACGGCUCUGCUGUGCUUUGUUUCAAAGAAUCUCUUUGGAGCAAAAUGAAUCCCAGACCUUCAAAGUCGAAGUCUCAUAUAUGGAAAUUUAUAAUGAGAAAGUUCGGGAUCUUUUAGACCCCAAAGGGAGCAGGCAGUCCCUUAAAGUUCGAGAGCAUAAAGUUUUGGGACCAUAUGUAGAUGGUUUAUCUCAGCUGGCUGUUACUAGCUUUGAGGAUAUUGAGUCAUUGAUGUCCGAAGGAAAUAAGUCUCGAACGGUAGCAGCAACCAACAUGAACGAAGAAAGUAGCCGCUCCCACGCCGUGUUCAACAUCAUCAUCACGCAGACGCUUUAUGACCUGCAGUCUGGGAACUCAGGCGAGAAAGUCAGUAAAGUCAGCCUGGUAGACCUGGCAGGCAGCGAGAGAGUAUCUAAAACGGGAGCCGCAGGAGAGCGACUGAAAGAAGGCAGCAACAUUAACAAAUCCCUAACAACCUUGGGGUUGGUUAUAUCAUCACUGGCUGACCAGGCAGCUGGCAAGGGUAAAAACAAAUUUGUGCCUUACCGAGAUUCAGUCCUCACUUGGCUUCUUAAGGACAAUUUGGGGGGCAACAGCCAGACCUCCAUGAUAGCUACUAUCAGCCCAGCAGCAGACAACUAUGAAGAGACUCUCUCCACCUUGAGAUAUGCAGAUCGAGCCAAGAGGAUUGUUAACCACGCUGUGGUUAACGAAGAUCCCAACGCCAGGGUCAUCCGGGAACUGCGGGAAGAAGUGGAGAAACUACGAGAGCAACUCUCCCAGGCGGAGGCUAUGAAGGCCCCUGAACUGAAGGAGAAGCUUGAAGAAUCUGAAAAGCUGAUGAAAGAACUAACAGUGACGUGGGAAGAGAAGCUGAGGAAAACGGAAGAAAUUGCACAGGAGAGACAACGACAACUUGAAAGUAUGGGGAUUUCCCUUGAGACGUCUGGCAUCAAGGUGGGCGAUGACAAGUGUUACCUAGUCAACCUAAAUGCAGACCCUGCCCUCAAUGAACUCCUGGUCUACUAUUUAAAGGCUCACACCAGGGUAGGUGCCGAUACCUCUCAGGAUAUACAGCUCUUUGGCAUAGGAAUUCAGCCUGAGCACUGUGAGAUCGACAUUGCAUCCGAUGGAGACGUUUCUCUCACUCCAAAGGAAAAUGCAAGGUCCUGUGUAAAUGGUGCCCUCGUGUGCAGCACCACCCAGCUGUGGCACGGCGACAGAAUCCUCUGGGGAAAUAACCACUUUUUUAGAAUUAAUCUGCCAAAGAGGAAGCGGAGAGACUGGUUGAAAGACUUUGAAAAAGAAACAGGUCCACCGGAGCAUGACUUGGAUGCAGCCAGUGAAGCGUCCUCAGAGCCAGACUAUAACUAUGAGUUUGCACAGAUGGAGGUGAUCAUGAAAACCCUCAACAGCAAUGACCCGGUUCAAAAUGUGGUCCAGGUCCUGGAGAAGCAGUACCUGGAAGAAAAGAGGAGUGCCCUCGAGGAACAGCGGCUGAUGUACGAACGGGAGCUGGAGCAGCUCCGCCAGCAGCUGUCCCCUGAGAGACAGCCCCAGAGCAGCAGCCCUGACCGCCUGGCCUACAGCAGCGAGACGGCACAGCAGAAGGUGACCCAGUGGGCAGAGGAGAGGGAUGAGCUCUUCCGACAAAGCCUGGCCAAGCUUCGAGAGCAGCUCGUGAAAGCUAAUACACUGGUGCGGGAAGCCAACUUCUUAGCUGAGGAAAUGAGCAGACUCACUGAUUACCAAGUGACCCUUCAGAUCCCGGCCGCAAACCUCAGUGCCAAUAAAAAGAGAGGGGCAAUAGUAAGUGAGCCAGCCAUUCAAGUGAGGAGAAAAGGAAAGAGUACUCAAGUGUGGACCAUUGAGAAGCUGGAAAAUAAAUUAAUUGAUAUGAGAGAACUUUAUCAAGAAUGGAAGGAAGAAGUUCCAGAGGCAAAGAGACUCUACGGGAAGCGAGGUGACCCCUUUUAUGAAGCCCAGGAGAACCACAACCUAAUUGGCGUGGCCAAUGUGUUCUUGGAGUGCCUCUUCUGUGAUGUGAAGCUCCAGUAUGCAGUUCCCAUCAUCAGCCAGCAGGGGGAGGUUGCAGGGCGUCUCCAUGUGGAAGUGAUGCGUGUCACAGGGGCAGUUCCAGAGCGUGUGGUGGAGGAUGACUCCUCGGAGAACUCCAGUGAAAGUGGAAGCCUGGAAGUCAUAGACAGCAGUGGGGAAAUCAUUCACCGGGUCAAAAAACUGACGUGCAGGGUAAAAAUUAAAGAGGCAUCUGGGUUGCCCUUGAGCCUCUCUAAUUUUGUCUUCUGUCAAUACACGUUUUGGGACCAGUGUGAGUCUACGGUGGCCGCACCUGUGGUGGACCCUGAAGUGCCUUCUCCUCAGUCCAAGGAUGCACAGUACACAGUGACGUUCUCCCACUGCAAGGACUAUGUGGUGAAUGUAACCGAAGAGUUCCUGGAGUUCAUUUCAGAUGGAGCAUUGGCAAUUGAAGUGUGGGGUCACCGGUGUGCUGGCAACGGUAGCUCCAUCUGGGAGGUAGAUUCUCUUCACGCUAAGACAAGGACGUUGCAUGAUAGGUGGAAUGAAGUGACCCGCAGAAUAGAAAUGUGGAUCUCCAUCCUAGAGCUGAAUGAGCUGGGAGAAUAUGCUGCCGUGGAGCUUCAUCAGGCUAAGGAUGUCAAUACAGGAGGCGUCUUUCAGCUACGACAGGGUCAUUCUCGUAGAGUGCAAGUAACAGUGAAGCCUGUCCAGCAUUCAGGGACACUGCCUCUGAUGGUCGAAGCCAUCUUGUCAGUAUCCAUUGGCUGUGUAACAGCCAGGUCUACCAAACUCCAGCGAGGCCUGGACAGCUACCAGAGAGAUGAUGAGGAUGGUGAUGAUAUGGAUAGUUAUCAGGAAGAAGAUUUAAACUGUGUAAGAGAGAGAUGGUCUGAUGCACUCAUUAAAAGACGUGAAUACUUGGACGAACAGAUAAAAAAAGUCAGCAAUAAAAAAGAGAAAACAGAGGAUGACGUGGAGCGGGAAGCCCGGCUGGUGGAGCAGUGGGUAGGGCUGACCGAAGAGAGGAAUGCUGUGCUGGUCCCAGCACCAGGCAGUGGCAUCCCCGGGGCACCUGCAGACUGGGUCCCACCUCCUGGAAUGGAAACCCACAUACCAGUUCUCUUCCUUGAUCUGAAUGCGGAUGACCUCAGUGCCAACGAGCAGCUGGUGGGCCCCCAUGCAUCGGGCGUGAACUCCAUCCUGCCCAAGGAGCACGGGAGCCAGUUUUUCUACCUGCCCAUCAUAAAGCACAGCGACGAUGAGGUUUCAGCCACAGCCUCUUGGGACUCCUCCGUGCAUGAUUCUGUUCACUUGAAUAGGGUCACCCCUCAAAACGAGAGGAUCUACCUGAUCGUGAAAAUCACAGUCCAGCUCAGCCACCCUGCUGCUAUGGAGCUAGUCCUGAGAAAACGGAUUGCAGCCAAUAUUUACAACAAACAGAGUUUCACCCAGAGCUUGAAGAGGAGAAUAUCAUUGAAAAAUAUUUUUUAUUCCUGUGGUGUCACCUAUGAAAUAGUCUCCAAUAUACCAAAGGCAACAGAGGAGAUUGAGGACAGGGAAACGCUGGCUCUCAUGGCAGCAAGGAGUGAAAAUGAAGGCACAUCAGAUGGGGAGACCUACAUUGAGAAGUACACUCGUGGGGUGCUGCAGGUGGAGAACAUUCUGAGCCUCGAACGCCUCAGGCAGGCCGUAACUGUAAAAGAAGCACUUUCCACCAAAGCCCGGCAUAUACGGAGGAGUCUCAGUACACCGAAUGUCCACAACGUCUCUUCCAGCCGACCAGACCUUUCUGGCUUUGACGAGGAUGAUAAGGGUUGGUCAGAGAACCAGUUAGACAUGUCUGACUACAGUUGCACAGCAGAGAAUCCUCAUGCCUUAAUGGUCAGCCCUUUCAAAGCAUUCUCUCCUCAGCCACCAAAGUUUUUCAAACCUUUAAUGCCUGUAAAAGAGGAGCAUAAGAAAAGAACAGCUCUUGAAGCAAGGCCUCUUCUAAGCCAGGAGAGCAUGCCUUCAUCUCAGGCACAUAACCCUGGCUGCAUUGUACCCUCAGGAAGCAAUGGCAGCAUCAUGCCAGUAGAACUCAGUAGCAAACGUGAGAAGAAGAUUGACUCGGAGGAGGAAGAAAAUGAGCUGGAAGCUAUUAACAGGAAGCUGAUCAGCUCACAGCCGCCUUAUGUACCUGUGGAGUUUGCUGACUUCAGUGUUUACAACGCCAGCUUGGAGAACAGGGAGUGGUUUUCUUCUAAAGUAGAUUUGACAAACUCACGGGUUUCGGAAAAAGAAGUGUCCCGUAGCCCUACCACCAGCAGUAUUACCAGCGGCUACUUUUCCCAUAGUGCCUCCAAUGCCACUUUGUCCGAAAUGGUGGUCCCUUCUAGUGACAGCUCAGAUCAGCUGGCCGUUCAGGUGAAGGAUGCAGAUCCCCAGGUGAAGGAUGUAGAUCCCCAGGAGCACUCCGGACCAUCACUCGUACAUGAAUGCAGAACUUCAUCAAACAGAGAGCUGACCGAACAAGAGAGAGGCGUGGUGAAGGAGAAAUUAACCAUGGUUCCACUCAAGGAAAACAGUGCCUUAGCCAAAGGGAGCCCAUCAUCCCAAAGCAACCCUGAGAAGAUCUCCAGAAGACUGUGCAGGACCGGAUCAUGUUCAGAACUCGAGGCCUGCCCCAGCAAAAAUGGCCCACCGGCCAAGGAAUUCUCCCCCAGGGAGGUGACCAUCGAACACACCACGAACAUCCUGGAGGACCACUCUUUCACAGAAUUCAUGGGUGUGUCAGAUGGGAACAACUUUGACGGUUUGACGGAUUCUUCCACUGGAGAACUUUUGAAGCGGAAGAGCCUGCCAAGCAAAACUGGUGGUAAGAGUGUCUCAGAUGCGCUGCAGGACCCUGGCCAGCUGCGUUCUGCAUCAGACAGUGACCAGGUAAUGAAUCCAGGGGCAGCCCUUUGGACUCUGUGCUGUUAA